AUGGCUGCUCAAACAAAACUAAUUAUGAUUACAACAAAUACAGAUAUUAUUCGACAGUUUUCUUCGAAUACUCUUCCAAACACAAUUAUUAUUGAUUUGAAUAAUUGUCAACAAGUCCAUACAAAAACAAAUGCUAAUGAUAUUGAUUUAUCUUUUCUGAAACAAUUAACUCAAUUUAAUUCAAACAACAAUGAUGAAGAAUGUCAACGGACACCAACUACAGUUAAACAUAAACUAUCAAAAAGAUCCGAUGAUUUAAUUUGCACAAUUUGCGGAGCUCAAGCCACUGGGUUUAAUUAUGAUGUUCUUUCAUGUGGUUCUUGUAAAAUUUUUUUCUAUCGUCAUGCCCAUCAAGAUUUAAAAAAAUUAAAAUGUUUGACAGGACAAGGUCAAUGUUUAGUUACAUAUAAACUGCGUCGUAAUUGUCCACGAUGUCGAUUGGAUCAAUGUUUAGCAAUGGGAAUGAAAAAGGAUUUUCUCUAUAGUAAAGAAAAAACACAACGAAGAAAACAACGUCUUGAUCAAAAUCGAGUUAAAACUACAAAACAUUCAUCAUCUACAUCACAACAUGUCUCUAUUUCAGAAACUGUGUUAAAAACUUCGAAUAGAAUUGAUAAUUCAUUAAUAGAGAUGAAUAAUAACGACGAAAGUGUGCAUUUUCAACCGAAUAUAUUAAUGAAAACGUUGUCCAUUGCAGAACAUGUGACUAUUGAAAAUGUUCGGUCGUUAUUUUUAUCGAUGUUUCGAAAUGAUACAAUUACACGUUGUAUGCGUAUUGAUGUAUCAAAUCGUGCUUGUGCUUUAACAUCAUGGUCAUAUUUUUUGCAUGAAAUCUUUUUAUCUUUCAUUAAUUUCUUUCGUCAAACUGAUGAAUUCAAAUGUUUGAAUGGUGAUGAUCGCUUUCUUCUAAUUAAAUUUAAUAUUUUUCCCUUAUUUAUACUUUCGAAAUGUAUCAAUUAUCGACCAUCGAAUGAUUGUUGUGCACGUCAAAACUGCAAAGAAGUCGAAAAACAACGUCGAUUCUUUACGUUAUGCGGCGCAGAAAAUAAUUUUCGUGAUGAAUUUGCUGAUCUAAUAUAUUCAUUGGUAAAUGUUACUGAACAAGAUCCAGUUUUAUUAUCAUUUAUUUCGAUAAUUUUUAUUUAUUCUCACGGUUCAUUAUUUAAUGAUUAUGAACCAUUAUUAAAAGAUUCAAUAGCCGUUUAUCGUGCUCAAACGCACUAUACAGAAUUACUGUGGAAUUAUUUGUUGAUUAAAUUCGGUGAACUUCAAGCUUGUAAACGUUUUAGUCGAUUACUCACUGUAAUUUUUCGAUGUCAAUCGACGACAAGAAGAAUGCGAGAGUUUUUUCAUAUUCAAUACGUUCAAGAUAGAACAUCAGGUGCUGUGAAGACAAUUGCACCACUUACAGAAACUGUUCUACUUAUUCCUUAA